AUGUCAAAAACUGUGUGGGAUAAAGUGACACCUGGAAUAUCACCACCCACGAAACCUCAGAGCAGAGUGAGCAAUGAAACAACUGUUUUAUUCUCAACCGACAAUCUUGCCCGUGCCAAUCAGAGGACCUUGCAAGGCAAUCAAAGGGAAGACUUGGAACUCUGUAGUAGCUCUGGCGUACCUGGAUCUGUUUUCCCGAUAGCGCAAAGAGAGCGCUACGAACCGAGUGCUGGCCGCGUUUGUUCUGGAAUAGUGAAAUUAAUGACGGGCUCGAGCUCCGUCAAGUCACGGCACUUAAUCAGCUCAAGACAAGCGGGUCACUGGAUGGGUGAUCAUCUGGAAAACCCGGAUACUAACAGCGCUAAUCCCCUGGCUGAUAGACAUAAACAGGUGCUGGCGCUGGAGGUUUCGGGGAUCUGAAAAAAAUAACUGCACGUCGGUAAAUGAAUGGAGACACGUGUGUCGAGUGGAAGCAUCUCAACGGCUGGGCUGCGAGUGAGGCCAUCUGCCUGCCGUCGGCGCAUCGCUAGCACGUGGUUCGUGCCGCGGCCGGCAGGUGGCAGAGCGGGCGCCAGUGGUGGCCCACUGGUAUUGAGCGCGGGCGGUAUCGAAAAUAUUGGGGUGGCCUCUGGUGAUGGUUGCGGUGCGGGCAGCGGUGACGGUGGUUACGGUGGUCGUGGGCCAGGUGGUGGUGGAGGGGAGGGUUGUGGAUUGGCGUGCUGU